AUGCUUCUUCUUCUUCCCCAUCCCAUUCGCCAGCAGCCAUCGAGACCCAGACUUUUCCUGGUUCGCUGGGCCCCACACCUUCUUCAAGCCCGCCACAGCCACCUCCACGAUCUCAUACCGAGGUGUCGAUUUUUCCAUCUCGUCAAUUUCGCCUUCGUCCUCGUCAGCAUCCCCUGCCGGAGGGACCUCCCGGUAAAUUCUAAACUUCGAGGGACCAAAAACCCUCCCGAAUUGAAUGAGGCUGAGCAUGGGCCCGCCCACCGGCUCGUAAUCCCUCAGUGGGUCCCGCAGCUGCACCGUGAGCGCGAGUGUCACGAGAUCUUUGUGCUCGAUUUUUCCAGAGUCGAAUCUCGUCCACUCGUCAAGCCCGUUGUCAUUCUUGAUGUCGAGCAAAUCGAGUCCACCUGUCGAGAUCUUGGAUUGGGGUUGCCUGUGAUAGAGGAUAAAUAA